GCAUUCGCGGCUCGCCUCUCGUCUCUCGCCUGCGCAUCGCGCAUGCAUCCGCUCACUUGUCAAAACGUAGCGAGCCACAGCACUACCACGAGUCUCAAAAAACUUUGUUUGCAUCGUGCCCACUGUGUUUCAACACUUAUCCACCAUCAAUAAUCAUCCAGUGAAGAUUACUACACAAUAAAACAGUGAAACAACCACCUAAACAUAUCGAUUUACAGUGAAAAACUGAAAUUUCCACGAACAAUUUGAAUUCCGUGCUUUGUGUCGGUGAAUACGUACGCAUCCAGUCUACCUGUGUGCGCUCCGGUGAUUAAGCGCUUUUCCCAGUGCAUAAAUACACAAAUAUCCCCUUGGUAAACCAGUGUAUAAACUAUUACAAUGUCCUACUAGGACUACAAACACUUGCCGAGGCAGCAAUGUGUCGCAAAAGGACUUUGCCGAUGCAAAACAAGUGCAGCUGCAGUGCUGAUUUCUAGGUUAACUUUCAACACAACAAACAAACUUUUUCUUUAAAAACAACGAAAACAAUCACAAUGAUUAGCCUUAAAAAGGUGUAUAAAGAUGAACUAUUGCAGCUGGCGUUGAUUCUCAGCUUGCUACGUUCUCAUCCCGAUGUUAACUAUGAAAACGACUUGUUUAACACAGUCAAUCAACUGGAUUUGGACAAUGGCACUAGCUGGAGAUCCAUGGGUGGUACACUGAUAAGAAACCAUUAUGUCCAUCCGAAAAGUCUGGACUCCUCACUGAUGAAUUACGAGGCCGAAGUGUUUGCUGAUCUUAACUCUCUGGGAAGGUACAAUAGAGAAGGAAAUAUUCAACACAACCGGAAUAUUACUGCUUACUUACUGGAUCAUAUUCGAGGAGAAGCCGGAGAUACUAUCCCGGAACAACCUGUGCAAGAUGUGCAAGCACCAGACGUUCCUGAAUUGAAUGAGGAGGUUUUGGGUGAUAUAGAGAAUUCGGCUGAUAAUAUUCAACUGAGUCAAGAGGAUAUGGAUCUAAUCAAAGUUUUAUGGAUGCAAGACGUUGAUCUUGGCGUCUCGCUGAAUGCGGUUGCUCCCUUGCCGGAAAAACCGGAGAAGGAAACGAACGCCAGUCUCAUUCAAUCAGCUUCCUCGAGCGUCUCACAAGAAGAUGAUUUGGAAAAGCUAAAAACCUUGAAAGAGAUCAAUGAAGGCAGCAUUAAGAUCGAGAAUGAAUCGGACGAUCUAAGUCAGGCUGUGGCUGAUCCAUGGGCUGGUCUCCCGUACACCAUCGACACCGAAACAGGAGAGUAUGUGAUAAAGAGUGAGUUAGAAGACCCGCUCAACAACACUGACCUCCCUUUUCCGUUCCCGGAGUUCAUAGACCACCUUCUGGAUGAAGAUUCCGACACAACUGAUGACAACGCGACAAGCAAGGAACUUGAGCUCUUGGUGAAACUCUCCGCGGAGGCUGCGACGAUCGCGGCCAGCAACGAGGGGAGCAUCUACGACGAGGAGGCAAACGCCACCUCGUCCCUAGCGUCUCCAGCUUCUGACUUGGCUGCAAGUUUUGCGGCGCUUGAAACAGCCGCCUCCGGUUCGGGCACCUCUCCCGGGUCCGCCGAGGCGGAACUCGACCUUCUGCAAGAGAUGAUGCAGACGUCGCAGUUCCAUCACCCGCAUCACAGGGCUUUCCAAGGUCGCAUGCCCUUCGUGCGCACGAUGAGCGUGGAGCAGCGAUGGCAAGACCUGGCCAACAUGCUCAGCCUGCCCAACCCCGCCGAGAGCGGUUCGAUGCACCAACACCAUCCUUUCUCUCAUCAUCAUCACCACCACCACCUCCAUAACUUCAGUCAUCCACAUGGACACCAUCAUGGUAUGGGCGCAUAUGGUACUGACCGUAGUGUCUUGUUGCAUAAUGCCACUCUUAACCCUCCGAUGGGUGAUCUUAACGCAACCUCCGCAUCUGCACCUUAUUCUACCAUCGGCGGAACUAAUAUGGGUAAUGCAGUCGCUACGUCCAUGAAUCUUACUAAUAGUAGUGAACCGAUGGCUGAUACUGUCGCUGGGUCAAUUUAUAAAGUUGAACCCACCGCGCAUGACAUGUACUAUAACAGUUCCGGAGAGUUUAACCAAACUGAUGGGUUCAUUGCAUCGUUUCUUAACGACGAAGAUCUAUUGAUGGAUAUGGCUUUGAACGAGGGCAUGUAUACUAUGAGGAUGUUGGAUGGAGCGAAUGGUACUGCUGGCAAUCUUUCCAUGGGGGCACCAGGAAGUGUUGGGGGUGGUACUGCUGCAGCUGGCAAUAAUGUGAACGCACCUGGGGCUACAUCUGUUCCUGGUGGGACCACGCAUAUGAGCAGGAUGGACUCUGAACGAAUGGAUACUUCCAGUGACAGUGCUGUUAGCUCCAUGGGUUCUGAAAGGGUGCCGUCUCUUAGUGAUGGGGAGUGGUGUGAUGGUGGUUCUGAUUCUGGACAUACCGCAGGCGAUCAUUAUUCCGACUAUCGGUCUGAUUAUCAUUCUAAAUACAGGCCAUAUGACUACAGCUACUCCGGAAGGCAGCAUUCUUUGGCUUCUGGUGCUUCUGCAGCUUCCAGUCCGGCUGAGGCCAGUCGUUUGCCACCUGUAGCGCAGAAAAAACAUCAAAUGUUUGGAAAACGCUGUUUCCAGGAUCAUCAAGGUACUGCAAGUUCAGUCCUUCCUCAUCCCCCUGUACCGAUCAAGUACGAGUAUGUUGAGUGUGGUAAUGCUACUUCUGUUUACACACCGCCGACGCCCAUUGCUGACACGUCUGCUAAAGCGGGCGAUGCCAAAUACUCCUGUUCGCUGGAGUUUAGUCGCCAGCACUAUCUACCGCGCAAUCACCUUGAACACGUGCAGCACAACCACACGUAUCACCUUCCCGCGGAGAAUACGGGUGCAAUGCAGCGUCCGGUGAGUCGGGAUAAGGCAAAAGCGCGACGCGCCGAAGAGGAGCAUUUGUCGCGUGAUCAAAAACGCGCGCGUGCCCUCAACGUACCUAUUACAGUCGAUGAUAUUAUCAAUCUUCCCAUGGACGAGUUUAACGAACGUCUCUCCAAAUACGACCUCAGCGAAGCACAGCUUAGUCUCAUUCGGGACAUCCGCCGACGCGGCAAGAACAAGGUGGCGGCACAGAACUGCAGGAAGAGGAAACUUGAUCAAAUUUUGACUCUUGCCGAUGAGGUCAAGGAUAUGCGCGAUAGGAAGUACAGACUUGUCACGGAUCACGAUUUUUUGACAGGGGAAUCACAGAGGAUUAAAGAUAAAUAUCAACAACUGUAUCGACAUGUUUUCCAGAAUUUGAGAGAUCCUGAUGGCAAUCAUUAUUCCCCGUACCAAUACAGUCUGCAAACGUCCGCGGACGGAUCAAUUCUGAUCGUGCCACGUGCGAACAAUGGAGUCAACAAUCCGGACUGCAAGGAGCGGCAGCAUCCGGGUCACAAGGAUUGAAUUCUCGGCGGAAGGUUCUAGGCAACUUCAUUUUACGCACCUACGAGAUACACUCAAUCUCCUCGAUAAAUUUUGAACUUUUCAACUUUGCGCCACGUGCUCGCGAUUAGUUACAACGUUAUGUUUACAACGAAUGGUUUUUAAGUUGGUUAUUUUAUUUUCCUGGGGAAUCCAGACGCAUGCAGAAUUUGCUCUUUUAUUUUGUUCUUUUCGUUUUGAAUUUCGAUGGUUGAGUUGAGUUUUUGCGUUUUCUGACGACUACAAACUCUUAGCGGCAGUGGAUGGCAGAAAGUGGUUGGCCGCGCACGCAACAAAGUAUAUUUUUAUAAAUUCACGAUUUCAGGUGAUCGAUUUGCCUUUAAGAUUAACGAUUAAUAUUUAUAUACGAUACUGAUAUUGAAUACACACAUUGAUGAGCGGAGGUUGGAAUUGGAGUAUAGAUGGAUGUAUAAAAAUGCAUCUCGUCCGCGGAUAAGGAGUGGAAUCCUUGCAGGCGAUGAAGGUGGCGCGCCGAGGUGCUGCCGGUGGGGACGCAGUGGGAGCGGUGAGUGCGCGACCGAAGAGUCGAACUGAGACGUACUACACACACGAUAGGCUAAAUAUUUUUUAUAUUUGGAAUAGUUUUUGUACAUUGUAUAUAGUAAUUUCUUGUAUGAUAGGAAGGUCCACUAAUGACUAACGUUAGGAAUCGCGUAAAUCUAUUUACUUGUGCUAAGCAUAGUGCGCAUCGUGCGCAUGUUACGGUCGAUGGGCAUACAUAUAUGAAAUAUCGCAUACUGUUGUCUUUUUGUGUAUUACCAUUUUGGAACUGGCGCAUACUUUCGUACACGAUGCAUUCAUUACCACGCCUGCUGUAUACGACGAUGAAGAGAGGGAGAGGACGGUUAUAUGGGUCGGGUGCCAACAUAGAUCUCUAUGUAAUGACAUUGUUCUUCAUAAUUUAGCCAUGUAAGAUCACCAGUGCUAAAUAAAUUUGAUGGUCACAAUA